AUGUUCCUGGGGCGUGCAUCUUCGAGAGCUCUGGCGCGCAGCGCCUCCGCCGCCAGGCGCCGUCCACGCACAGCCCUCCCGAGACCGUCGUUGAGCGUCCAGCAGCAUCCGCGCUCUACUGCGGCGGCCGUCGCCACCGCUCGCGAAGAUCGGUCGAGCGGCGAAGUUAGCAGCGGCAGCUACAUGUGGGCCGCUGCCGCGGCCGUUGCUGCUUUGGGCCUAGCUUCAACGUCCGACCAGCAGGCCGAAUGCUGCGGCAUCAUGGGGGUGGUAAGCACCGAGCACGCCACUGGCAAUGACCCGGCCAGCGACGCGAGGGCGCUACUCCUAGAGGGGCUCGCUGUUCUACGCAACCGCGGGUACGACUCCGCCGGCAUGGCCACCUCGUCGCCGGAUGGCCUCAUGAUCUCCAAGUACGCCUCAAGGGGUGGCAAGACCGACCAGAACGCUCACCCCCACACGGACUUCGGGUCUCGCAUCGCUCUCGUCCACAACGGCACCAUCAACAACGCGCACGACCUGAGGGGGGACCUCGAGCGCAAGGGCAUCACCUUCAAAUCCGAAACGGACACGGAGGUUAUCGCUCACCUCGUGGGCCUGGAGCUAGACUCUGACCCCAACAUGGACCUCAAGGUGGCGCUGGCCAAGACGGUCGCCAAGCUCGACGGCACUUGGGGUCUCGCGGUCAUCGCCCACGAGAAACCCGACGAGCUGGUAGUAGCCUGCAACGGGUCUCCCAUGGUGAUCGGGCUCGGCACGGACCACAUCUACGUCGCCUCGGAGACCGCGGCGUUCAACAGGCACACCAAGAACUUCAUCGCCAUGCAGGACGGAGAGAUCGCGGUCAUCACGCCGACCGAGUGCUCUCUCGACAAGGCCCGCAUGGAGCUCGCUCCGGAUCACGGCGUAGAGUCCACCCCUGACCCUCACGCACACUGGACCCUGUACGAGGCCCUCCAGCAGCCCAUGGCCAUCGCCAGGGCCUUGGCUUUCGGAGGCCGAAUGACCGACUCUUCCGGUGUGGUUCUUGGCGGUCUGGACCGGAACAUGGACAAGCUCUCCAAGAUCCGCAACCUCAUGUUCGCCGCGUGCGGCACUAGCCUCUACGCCAGCCAGUACGGGGCCAAGCUGAUGCGAGACAUGGGGGCGGUCGACACGUGCAACGCGCAGGAUGCGGCGGAACUUCGAGUUCAGGAUAUCCCAAAGAGCCAGGGUGGGAUCAUCGCCGUCAGCCAGAGCGGAGAAACCAGGGACACCUUGAAGGCCUUGAAGGCCGCUGAGAUGGUGGGCAUCCCUCGCCUGUCCGUGGUGAACGUGGUCGGGUCUGCUAUCGCGAGAGAGACGAAGAUGGGAGUCUACCUUAACGCCGGCCGAGAAACCGCCGUGGCUUCCACGAAAGCUUUCACUACGCUGCACAACAAGAGCCACUGCUUCGUACUGGGCAAGGGGUACGGUGAGCCCGUGGCCAUGGAGGGGGCCCUCAAGCUCAAGGAGAUGUCGUACAUCCACGCCGAAGGGUACAGCGGCGGUGCCCUCAAGCACGGACCGUUCGCGCUCAUCGAAGGAGAGGAUGGGCCGGAGGGGUCGACGCCGGUGAUCAUGCUUAUCCUGGACGAUGAGCACGCCCACCAGAUGAGGACCGCCGGCAUGGAGGUCACAGUCCUGUCGCUCAUGGCCCUGUGGUUCCGCCAAGUCCGCGAGGCGGAAGCGUCCAACCCUGCCGACGUCACGGACAUGCACGUCAUGGACAAGAGCAAGCUCAUGGAGGCCCUUCAGAGGCUCCCCAUCAGCUUCGGCAUGGCCAUGGGCGUCAGGGGCAAGUGUCAGAAGGUGGCCCAAAGAUUGCUCGCGGAAGGCUUGGACGACGACCCGAUCGUGAUCCCCUCCAACGACCGCCUGACGGCCCUCAUCGGCGUGCUGCCCCUGCAGCUCAUCGCCUACGAGCUCGCCUUGCUCAAGGGCAUCAACCCCGACACGCCGCGCAACCUCGCCAAGGCUGUCACCACCGACUAGACUGCAUAUUGUUGCCUUCCGUCACGAUCAAUCGUCCUUGGCAUGCGACGGAGGGCGACGGGGAGGAUAAACCGUGUGUGUGUGUGUAAAAUGCCCCUCGGUAGAUGGGGUGAACAUAGACAGAUCAGGCACACGCACACCCGGCCAUGCUGGCUGAAUGCUAAGCGGGCAUACACAUUUGAUGACGCUAGAUACCACACGUCUUUCGGGCGGCUAUCGGUCGUUGUUGGUAGUUGAAGCGGGCAUACAUCUCAUAGCACAUGACGCUAAAUACUACACGUCCUUUUUGGCGGCUACCGUUGGUAGCUGAAGCGGGCAUACAUCUCAUAGCACAUGACGCUAGAUACUAUUCGUCUUUUUUGGCGGCUACCGUUGGUAGCUGAAGCGGGCAUACAUCUCAGAGCACAUGACGAUACUACACGUCUUUUUUGGCGGCUACCGUUGGUAGCUGAAAAAAAUAUUAUUUCGUUUGCACAAACUGACUGCUGUUUGUGGCGGGAAACAACCCGCCGCCACAACGCGAGGUGCAUGCUCCCCAUGCCUUCGCCUUCAUUUGGCCGUCCCUAGACUGUAGCUUUUCUUUCCUAUCUGUCCUAAACUAUCAAUUGUGCCUCCGGCCUGCUAUGGUGUAGUGGUGGGAUCGGUCCUCGGUUUCCGCUUGCUGUGUGGGCGACGACCGGUUUGUUGUUGUUGUUGUUGUUGUUGUUGUUGUUGUUGUUGUUGUUGUCGUUGUUGAUGGGUGCUGUUCGCCGUUUUAUAAAUUGCGAGUUUGUCGAUCCAGGGAAGGGGGCGUGUAGAUUUUUCGAGAGAGUUGUGAUUUUCGCUCACGAUCGAUGUUAGUUGAGGCGACAUCGUGGAUGCGGUACGAUUUGUCGUGCGCGUGAGAGAGAGAGAGGAGGAGGAGUGUGAGGCCCGCUAACUUUUGGUGGCGCUCUUUUGACGUGUACUGUUUUUUACGUGACAUCUACGUGAGAACCAGAGUGUGUAGACACCCGACCAUUUGGUGAUGGGUGGUCGUCGUGCAAGGAAAGGUACAGUAGGCUGUUGCGCGUUCCAAGAUAAUUAUCUUCUUCGUUGUUUGCAUAGUAUGCAUCGUUUGAAUAAUGUUGCUUGGUUCGUAGUGUGCUGUGAAGCUGAUAGAUGUUCCGGGUUUGUUAUACCGGAGGGGGGGGUGCGCUCAGUUUGCGAGAGACAUGCAUGGUUGUUGUUGUUGAAUCUGUAAAUUAGCCUCUUGUUGUUUUUUUUGUGUCUGGUCGUACUGACCAGACCGCACAAUUUGCUUGUUGUAGACCUUGCGCGGUCUCUAUUAAUUGAGUUGGCAGAAUUUCGUCAGCAGACUGAGCCUGGAAACUGCUGUGUUCCCUACACGAUUGAUUGCUGGCUAUUGGUGGUGGUGAAACUUAUGUAGAGUUUCUUGACAACAUGCAAGCAUUCCUCCUCCUUUGAUUUGUCUCGCUUCUGGAGUGUAUAAUAACCUGUACGUUGUUCCAUACAUAGUAGUACCAAACCAGAUUAUCACGUCCGGAAUAACUCGAGGUGGCCAGUGGGAAGGAAUAGGUAGCAACAUUUUGUUGCGUAUCAUAUGUUGGUGACAUGUGCAUUUAUGAUGUUGAGGGCGGUGGAAUGGCUCUCAGGGGGAUUUAUUUGGGUAACUGUAUAUCUAUUUGCGGUGUUUAGACAUAAUAAAUGAGAGAUAAGACGAAGAUAUUCA